AUGAGAGAGAAACCAUUUACUUGCUCUGUAUGUCAAAGAAGUUUUUCUCAUCAAAGUCACCUCAAACCACACAUGAGAACUCAUACAGGAGAGAAACCAUAUACUUGCUCUGUAUGUCAAAGAAAGUUUUCUCGUCAAAAUAAUCUAAAUAGACACAUGAGAUGUCAUUUAAUGAAACAAGGAAUUGACAAUUUGGAGGAUGAGCAUACCAGUUUCACAGAUGAUGGAUCUUUAUUUGUAGAUUCUUCCACAGAAGUAAAGGGGGAGCCAGAAUAUAUUGAAGUUGAUGUAAAAUAUACAUACCAGGAUAGAAAGAGUGAAGAAGACCAUCCAAGUUUUGACACGGAAAGCGGAAAAAAUGAACCAUGUUGGUUGCUCUAUAUGCCAAAGAAGUUUUUAUCGUCAAAGUUAUCUCAAAAUACACAUGAGAAACUCAUACAGGAGAGAAAACCGUAUACUUGCUGCUGUAUGUCAAACGAAGUUUUCUCGUCAAAGUAA